AUGAGUGGCGAUGAAAUGAAACCUUUAUCCGCAAGAGAUCGCCGAUAUUCUGUAAGUAAUGCAUUUAGUAAUUAUGUUUUUACUAUUGCCAGUCGUCAGUCCUUAAUUUCGUUCAAUGUGAAUAUGUUAUAUAAGAAUGCAUAAUAAAUCGUGCCAUAUAUAUUCAUUAAAAUUAUAUGUAUUCAUACCUAACAGGUAAUAAAUGUUAAGUGGUCAAGUACAUUGCUAAAAGAGGAAGGUGAACCCUCCACCUCGACUGAACAAGGUGAAACCUCAACAAUGGCUGAAGUUUAUACUGACAAAGGUGAACCAUCUACUUCAACAUUGACUGAUCAAGAUGAACCCUCAACAUGGCCUGGGCCUAGUGGUGCAGAGGAUACAUUUGUCCAAGCAAUUGACCAGGUUAGUAGUUGUAAACUAUUGUAUUUACUUAAUAUUAUUUUAUUUUAGACUAGCACACGUGAAACUGUUGAAGUUGCUUGUAAAAAUUGCACAAAGCUGAAAUAA